AUGUCCAAGUGCACCCCUACCAACCGUCUGAGCCAGGUCUUGCCCGGUUCGCUUGCUGAGGUCGACACGCUGCUCAACCACUUCUUCCCCGGCCCCGACCGCCCGACGGUCGCCCGGGCCGGCUUCGCGGCGCCCGCGUCGCUGUGGGAAGCGGAGGAGAAACUCCACGUCGAGGUCGACGCCCCCGGCGUCACGGCCGAGAACGUGGAGGUGACCGUCGAGAACGGCCAACUCUCCGUGACCUUGGAGCGGUCGGCUGGCGACGAGUCACCGAAGUACGCCUACAACGAGCGGCGCUUCGGCAAAGUGACGCGCACGGUCGACCUGCCCGACACGGUCGAUCCCGACUCGGUCGAGGCGGAACUUCGCAACGGCGUGCUUCACGUCUCGAUCGCCAAGCGGCCCGAGACACAACCCCGCCGCGUCGAGAUUCGCACGAAGCCAGUGGGCCUCACCCACCAUCGACCAGCCGGCGGCAGCCGGCCGCCCACCUCUGGAGCGAGACUCAUGAAGAGCACCGCGUUGUUUUCCUGCGCCCUGAUGGCGCUCGCCGUUUCGGCCCGUGCCGACUUCGACCUGCAGAUCACCGAGAUCUGGCCCGGCAACGAUCCCGGUGAGAACCUCACCAACGACUGGUUCGAGGUCACCAACUUCGGCGACAUGCCGUUCACCUUCGGCGCGGACGGCGCGCUGUUCUUUGACGACGACUCCCAGGACGCCACAACCGCCGACGAGAUCACCGGCAUCACCGCGAUCGCUCCGGGCGAGUCGGUCGUGCUGCUCGACGUCAGCUUCCCGGAAGAGCCCGGCGACGCGACCGUCGCCGAGCAGAUUACCGAAUUCACCGACCUCUGGGGUGCGGUGGUCAGCCUGCCGCAAGUUGGCACCUACUCGGGCUCGGGCCUGAGCCAAGGCGGCGACGGCGUCACGCUGUUCCUGACCGCCGGCGCCCCGCCGACUGGCCUGCUCGACAUCAUCGACUUCGAGCUCUACCCGGCCGCCGACCUGAACGGCGGGCAGUCGUACGACGUCGUCCUCGGCGCGUUCAGCAACUCGGUCACGACGAUCGGCGUGAACGACGUGAACCAACCCGCCAUCGGCACGCCCGGCUUCCUGGUCCCCGAGCCGACGACCGCCGCGCUGCUCGCCUUGGGCCUCGGCCUCGCCGCCGCCCGUCGAACCGUGAUGCUCUCUCGUUUCGCUCCGCUCGCUCUCGCCUCGCUGGCGCUAACGUGGCUCGGUGGCGGCGCCUCGGCGCAUGCCGCUGACUUCUUCUUUGGUUCCGAUGCGAACGGGAUCAACGGCAUGCCGAGCGCCGACGUCGGCGGCGACGGCGCGACGCUGUCGCUGACCGCGGCACCCGCCGGCGCGGUGCUAACCGAGAUCUCCUCGGCCGGCAUGGGCGUCAACUCGCGUGGCGUCGCCGGGGCGAUUGACGAGAGCAACGACAAGUUCGACGUGCUCGGCGGCUCGCUCGCCGGCCAAACGGACGCCAUCACGUUCUCGUUCGACGUCGACGGCGUACUCGAGGAGCUCUAUUUCGACGGCGUCAAAGACGAGUCGUUCGAGUUCUUCACCCUCACCGCACCUGAUGGCGAAGUCCUUUCGAUCUUCGACUCACAGAUCGGCUUGCGUCUGAUCGAUGUCGCCUCGGUCGACGAGCCGAACGUCACGCUGCUCACCGAGACGGGCGGCGCCGACGACGACCUCUUCGGUCUCGCGAUCCCGUUCCAAGCGGGCGAGGUCUUCACGUUGACCUACGGCGAAUACUUCCCCGAGCCGGCGUCGUCAUUGAGAUCGUGCCCGAGCCGGCCGGACUGA